CGCCGCGCAAGGAGGGAGGUGCCCCCCCCCCUCCCCGGCCGGUGGAGGCCCGGCGCCAUGGCGGCGCCGCCGGGCGCGGAGCUGUGCCCGCACUGCCGCCGCCCCUUCAAGCGGCUCCGCGCCCACCUGCCGCACUGCAGGGCCGCGCCGCCGCCCGCCCUCGCAGAGCAGCCCCGGCCGCGGCGGCAGAAGCAGCCGCGCCCGGAGGCCCAGGCGGCCGGCGCGGCCUCGCUGCCCGCCGCGGACCGCCAUCUGCCGCCGGCGGGGCGCGGCGGGGGGGCGGCCACGAAUUACCUCAGCGGCCCGCGGGGGAGCCAGAAGCAGAUGGCCGCGGCGGCCGGGCCCGCGCCGCCCGCUCCCGAGCGGCCCAUCUGCCCGCCCCGCGGCCCCGGCGGCAGCGCGCCGGCGGGCGCCGCGGGCCUGGAGUGGCUUCCCGAGCUCUAUGCCGGCUACCGGGGGCUGAGCGCGAGGCCCUUCCAGGAGGACGUGGCCACCGCGGCGAAGGGCGGUUCCGCAGGAGGAAAGCAAGCUCCCCUCUCAGAAAGGCACCUGAUGGAUGUAAAGCUGGGAGAAUUGCCCAUGUGGCUGGCCACUUGCAACUUCACUCCCAAGAGCUUGCUUGGAGGCGUGCAGAAAGCUUGGAACAGCUACUGCAACAAAUACAUCAACGUGAAGAGGGGUGGAACAGCUGGAAUUUCCAUGCUUCUGGCUGGAUACUGCGUCCUCAGCUAUGGCUGGAACUAUCAGCACAUAAAGCAUAAUUGCUGGCGCAAGUACCACUGAAGAAGCUGGAACAGCACCCAGGGAACAGUUGCAGAGAUUUGACUGGAAUUCAGCACUAGGGCUUAGGACUGUCAUCCCAGCAGGGAUGCAGAGUGAGGCCCAUUUUCCAUCAGAGACAAGCUGUUAAAUUUCUGAUGCUGCAGGGAAUGCUUUUCAAUUAUCCUCCUGUAAUUAGAGGGGUAACACUGACAGUAACAGUCUGCAUUCAUUGAUGUGGGGUCAGACAGUAUUUAGUACCUGAACAGCAAGAAGAAAACGGUAGGGCAGCCGCUCAGAUCUCGAUGCAGAACUCCUUCUGUCUGCAGAAACCUGAAUCUCUCACUGGAUAUUCCAGGGACAGGAUAGCUCAUUGACCUGGGCUGUUGAUAUAAAUUUUAAUUCUACACUUAUGUUGUACUGCAAGUAUUCAGCAAUAAGGUUUCUAACUGCUCAUGGGGAAGAGCAAUUAGGGCAGAAUAACUUUCCCGCUCUUCAAGUUAGGUGCUGUACCUCUUUACUUACCCUCUCCACAGUAGGCAAGAUAGCGUUUGGUGCCCAUUCAUCACUGGAGAAGGGGAGUCCCUGCAGAGCCAUUCAAAGGGGCCACAGCCCCUGCUUUGCAGACAGCCUUGCACCAAUGGGACUCCCAGGCUCUCGGGGCAGCUACAGGAAGCGGCUCUGUGGAGGCAUUAAAGCAGCAGCAGUUGCAGUGCAGCGCCCUAUUUCUGGGGGAAGAAAAUCCAUUGGAUUAGCUGUUGUGCCCAAAGGGCAAACCAACAUCUGCAGCAGACAAACAAGGACAGUUACGAGACUGCUGGUUUUAGCCUGCCAUCACCAGUUGUAUCUGGAAAAGGGGUGGUGAGGUUACAGGCAUGAAGGGUUAAAAAAAAAAAAUCACCAAGGAAAAAAAAAAUCUAAACUUUUUAUUCUAAGUGAGGUGCAACAGAGGUGUUUCAUCAAGAAUUCCAUCUUUGUAGCAAUAAAGCUCUUGUGAAUUUUC